ACGUGAGUACCGCUGCCAUUUGACGUUCUCAUGGCUAGAGUGGAGAAUAGGAUUCCUGCCGAUUUUUGUAAUUCUGUGCAAUUCUAGUUUUGAAAUAACAAGAAAAUACGCUUAACACAGCCAUGCGGCGAAGUAAGGCCGAAGUGGAACGCUAUAUUUAUUCAGUACAGAGUUCCUCUCCUUCACUCAAAGAGAAACCAAUUAAAGGAUUUUUAUUUGCUAAAUUAUACUUCGAGGCUAAGGAGUAUGAACUUGCUAAAAGACAUGUUUCGGAAUAUCUGACAGUGGCUGAGAGAGAUCCCAAAGCACACAAGUUCCUGGGCCAGCUUUAUGAGAGGGAAGGAGAUAUCAACAAGGCCGUAGGAUGUUACAAGCGGUCUGUGGACCUGAACCCAGCCCAGAGGGACCUGGUUUUGAAGGUGGCUGAGCUGCUGGUCAGUAAGACAGAGCGAGAUAGCAGAGCAGAGUUCUGGGUGGAGAAAGCUGCCAAGUUGCUGCCUGCAAAUCCUGCUGUCUUCAACCUCAAGGAGCGGCUACUGAAUCGACAGGGCCAGCAGGGACGGAACCAGUUGUUCGACCUGCUGCAGGCAGAGCUGGCUAUGAGACCUGGCGAUGCCCAUAUCAACAUAAAGCUGGUUCAGCUGUUCUCCUCUGAUGGCAGGCUGGAGGAGGCUGUCAAACACUGUCUGGCAACAGAGAAGAGAGGCCUGCUUAGAUCCAGCUUGGACUGGUACUCUACUGUAGUACACACUCUACAGGAUUUCCUAGCCCAGCCCAGUGUUUCAUCCAAUGAGAAGAUGAGUAGACAUCUGCAGAGAGAGCUACUUUUGGCCCACUGCAGCCUGCUGAGACUGACCCUGUCGGGAAAAGGACUGCAGCCUAGCAUCAAGGCCCUUGGGAGUUUUGACUGUGCGAUGCAGGGCCUGAAGAAGACAGCGGGCAGUGUAACAGAUGAUCUGUCUGAGGUCUAUGUGGAGAUGAGGGGACAUCUGUACCUGCAUGCUGGCACUCUGCUGCUGAAAAUGGCUCAGGAAAGAGAACAGCAGUGGAGGGCUGUCAUUGACCUGGCUGCUCUCUGCUAUCUAUUGGCUUACCAGGUCCCAGGGCCGAAGAGCAAGGUGACUAAAGGGGACCAGUCUUCUCUUCAGCAUCUGGAGCUGCUGGCCAGUGACAGACAGAGCCAGGCUGGACACAUGCUGCUUAACCUCAAUCCUGACACUCAUACCUUUGUCAGAGAGGUGGUGGAGGCGUUUGGUAACCGUAGUGGUCAGGGCUCUCUGUUUGAGCUUUUGUUUGGGCUUCAGGCUCCAGCCGGUACUUCCUUCAUCGGCAACGACGACAUCCGCUCCAUCAACACACAGGCUCCAGCGAUAUCUGACCUCAUCAAACGGGACAACGGCUCCAUCCAGCUCAAAGGAGGUGACCUCCAGCAGCUGUGUUGGCUGGGUCUCCAGUGGUCUCUCAUGGCCCGGAGGCCUGCUCUGAGGGACUGGCUCAAACAGCUGUUCCCCAGGCUCAUCCUGGAGACCUCCAAACUGGACACCAACACACCUGAGUCCAUCUGCCUGCUAGACCUGGAGGUGUUCCUGUGUGGGGUGGUGUGGUGCAGUCACACCCAGCUCCAGGAGAGGGCCAGGAUCACUUCUACUGGUCAACAGCAACUCCAUGAGCCCCGCUGCCUGCCCCUGCCCCUCCUCCGCCUCCUCUCCACAGACAGACAGAGGGAAUGGUGGGACGCCGUCUACAGCCUCAUACACAAACAAGCUGCGCCUGGCAUGUCAGCCAAACUGAGGAUGACCGUUCAACAUGGACUAAGCACCCUUCGAGCUGGAGAGAAACAUGGGCUUCAACCAGCCCUGCCCAUACACUGGGCCCAGCACCUCAGCUCAACGGGGGUUGGUGUGAACUCCUACUAUGACCAGAAGGAGUAUAUAGGGCGUAGUGUCCACUACUGGAAGGUGGUGCUCCCCCUGCUGGAAAAGAUCAAGCAAAGACACAGCAUCCCUGAACCCCUGGACCCCCUCUUCAUACACUUUCCCUCUAGAGACAUACAGAUCCCAUCAGUGAAGGGCUUUGAGGAGGAGGCCAUGAUAGCAUUUGCAACCCUCUUGGAUGUCGAGGGGAGGACAGAGGAGGCUAUUACUACUCUGGAGACCAUCAACAACAUCUCAUCUAACUGGCACCUAGCUAGGAUCUUCCAGCGUCUGUCUGAGGAGGCUGGUAGUGGGGUGGAGGAGACUCGGGACAGGUGUGUCAUGUUCCUCAGGAAGUUCAGAACUUACCUGUCCAAGAUCUACAAUGCCAAUGCUGACGACAUGGACAAGCUGCCUGUCUCAAUGGAAGAGGUGAUGGAUCUCCUGAACGAUGUGAACCAGCAGCUAGGGGAGAUUGGAGAAGCGAUGGAUGAAGAGGGCAGACCGGUCCACUUCAGCCCUCAGUUUACUGAGCCUGCUGCCUCAGUCGCUCACAUCAAAUUCUCCCCUUUAACCCCUUCCCCCAGCAAGAGCUUUGUCCCUUCCUCCAAAAUACACAUGACACCACCUCAUUGGGCGGAGCACCAGAAGUCCCUCCUGCAGAUGCUCUGCCAGCAGGUGGAGGCCCUUAAGAAUGAGGUCCAUGACCUGAGACAUAACUCGUCAGACAGCAUGGCGUCACCCCACCAAAGGAUGUAUGGAGAUGGGUAUGGGGCUGAGAGCAUGCAGGAGGGCUACCCCCCAACACAGACCUUCCAUGUCGCACCCCUCACCGUUGCCACCACACAGGCCCCAUCUAUGUAUUUCAAUCAAUCCCCCGCUUAUAACUCCGGACAGUAUCUCCUUCGUCCUGCAGCCAAUGUUACCCCAACAAAGGCUCCUGUAUAUGGAGUCAACCGUCUGCCACCCCAGCAGCACAUGUAUACCUACCAGCAGCCCACUAACACUCCUCCCCUGCAGUCAACACCAGCCUGCAUCUACCCUCCUCAAGACCAGGUCUUCGGCACCCCCCUCCACUUCGAGUCACCAGCAACCAGUCUACUCUCCCCAUACAGCGAGGAAUACUACGGCCACUCUCAGCCCACCACCAACCCUCCCCUCCCUGAGCCUGGCUACUUCACCAAGCCCUCAGUCGUACCUGUCCAACCACCAAAGACCAUUGAGGGGAAGCCUGUGGACUUUGGGAAGAUCGCCUUUGGCCAGCAGGUCCCUGCUGAGCCUCUUAAGGUGCCUGGCUUUGGUGCUGGAGUAGUAGCCCAGUCCACUCCAUCAUCUGCUGCCUUUAAAUUCAACUCCAACUUCAAAUCCAACGAUGGGGACUUUACCUUCAAAGCCAAAAACAGUGAGAACCUGUUGGGGCUUCUGACAUCAGACAUUCCCACCAAAUCGGAGGGCCCCUCAGAGGUUGAGCCUCCUAGCCAGGGAGGGAUAUUUAGCUUUGGCACUAAAAGCGUGGCAGGCUUCUCCUUCAGUGAUGCAGCCCAGAGUCGGGACAAACCAAACCUGUUUGAAAAAAUUGAACAGCCAUUUAGUUUCACUGAUCAGACCAAGCCUGUAUUUGGGCUGGAAAACACAGCGGUGGAGAAAGGACCGGAGAGCGAUAACGACAGCACACAUGUGGAGGAAGAUGAGGAUGGGCCUCACUUUGAGCCCAUUGUGCCCCUCCCUGACAAAGUAGAUGUGAAGACUGGAGAGGAGGAAGAAGAGGAGAUGUUCUGUAACAGGUCCAAGCUAUUCAGAUUUGAUGCAGAGACAAAGGAGUGGAAAGAGAGGGGGAUCGGCAUAGUCAAAAUCCUAAAGCACAAUACAUCAGGGAAAGUGCGUCUGCUGAUGAGGAGGGAGCAGGUUCUGAAGAUCUGUGCUAACCACUACAUCACGCCAGAUAUGCUCCUGAAACCAAUUGCUGGCUCUGACAAGUCCUGGGUUUGGAAUGCCAUUGAUUAUGCAGAUGAGGAACCAAGGCCUGAGCAACUGGCCAUCCGGUAUAAAACGGCAGACGAGGCAUUGCUCUUCAAAACAAAGUUUGAAGAGGCUCAGAAGAUAGUUCCCAAAUCUCCAGAAAAGCAGCAAGAUCAGCCAGAUAGGAAAGCAACUUCUCCUAAUUCAUCUGCUCCUCAGGUGACAAACUUCGCUGCCCAGUUUGCAAAGAAGGACGGGGAGUGGCACUGCAAUGUGUGUUAUGUAAGAAAUGCUGCUACAAUUAUGCAGUGUGUUGCCUGUCAGACUGCCAACCCUAAUUCUCUGUCAGAGACAGACAGCAAACUGGCUACUGAAACCAAAGGCUUUACUAGUGGGGCAGCUUCAGUGAGAGGAUUUACUUUUGGAUUUGGAGCUGACUUGUCAAAAGACACCAGCAGCGCAGGAUCUAUUGGAAAGGGAUUUGGGGCUUUUGGAGCUCAGAUACCCUCCUCCUUUACGUUUGGAACCAGUGGCACCACUUCUAUACCUGUUGCUGGUUUUGGGGCCCAGUUUGGUAAGAAUAAAGAAACCACAGCAGAAGUAGCAGAAUCAAAGCCCUCAACCAUGCCAUUUGGCUCUGGAUUUGGUGCCCAGUUUGGCAAAAAGCCAGGGCAGUGGGACUGUGACGUGUGUGCUGUAAGAAACCAGGCCUCCUCAAACAGUUGUGUUUCUUGUCAAACUCCAAACCAUGCAGCCAAAACUGUUGUAGAUAGAGCAGCAGCAUCAAAGCCCUUAACCAAUCCAUUAGGUUCUGGAUUUGGUGCCCAGUUUGGCAAAAAGCCAGGGCAGUGGGACUGUGACGUGUGUGCUGUAAGAAACCAGGCCUCCUCAAACAGUUGUGUUUCUUGUCAAACUCUAAACCAUGCAGCCAAAACUGUUGUAGAUAGAGCAGCAGCAUCAAAGCCCUUAACCAAUCCAUUAGGUUCUGGAUUUGGUGCCCAGUUUAGCAAAAAGCCAGGGCAGUGGGACUGUGACGUGUGUGCUGUAAGAAACCAGGCCUCCUCAAACAGUUGUGUUUCUUGUCAAACUCCAAAUCCCUCAGCAAAAUCAACAGUUGCGGUAGCACCACCACCAAAGCCAACAGUGUCGGGAUUUGGUGAUCUUUUUGCUAAGAGGGACAGACAAUGGGACUGUGACACCUGUCUAGUGAGGAAUGAUGCAUCAGUUUCUAAGUGUGUUUCCUGCCAGACACCCAAUGCUAGCAGCACCUCCUCUCUUGGGGCCAUGUUUGCCAAACAGGGGGGACAGUGGGACUGUGACACAUGUCUAGUCAGAAACGACAGCUCUGCUAGUCAAUGUGUCUCCUGUCAGACACCCAACACUAAGAGCACAGCCACCCCAUCCAGCUCAUCCUUCAGCUUUAGCUUUGGGAGUCAAAGUACAUCUACUCAGCCUGUAGGCAAUGUGUUUAAAGCAAACUUCAACAGUGACAGCUCUUUUCAGUUUGGCACAAGCAAAGUUGAUACAGGUGCCCCUGCAUCCUUCAAGUUUGAGACCCCUCAGGCUGAAAGCAGUGGCUCCAGUGCUGCAGGCUUCUCUUUCAAUAUGCCCGUACCAGCAGGUGGCUUUAAGUUUGGCACUCAAGAAACGGCAAAGGAAACCCCACCAGAUGAAACUCAGACUCCUGCUUCAGGGUCUGCGUCCAUGUUCCUGAAGAAUAUCGCAGAGCAGCACAGAGAAAAAGAGAAGGAAUCUGGCGUUGGUAUACCUGCAUCAGUGCCUUCAGUGGACAACACCGAUGAGAAUGGCAAACCUAAUGACUUCAGUUUUGCAGAUUUGGCUAAGAACUCACAAGGAGACUUCAAGUUUGGACAGACCGAUUCCAAUUGCAAAGAGUUCAGCCACGGUGGCGAGCAGCUGUUCACUUCCCUUCAGUCAAACCAGUGGGCAGACACUUCCGCUGACCAGGAUGAAGAGGAUGUAUACAAAACAGAAGAGAAUGACGAUAUCCAGUUUGAACCUGUGGUCCAGAUGCCUGAUAAAGUGGACCUGGUCACAGGAGAGGAGGAUGAACAGGCCCUUUACUCACAGAGAGUAAAGCUCUUCAGGUUUGACGGAGACAUCAGCCAGUGGAAGGAGAGGGGUGUUGGAGUCCUAAAGUUCCUGAAGAAUGCCACCAACGGCAGGCUGAGGGUGCUGAUGAGGAGAGAGCAGGUCCUGAAGGUGUGUGCCAACCACUGGAUCACCACCACCAUGAACUUGAAGCCCUUGGCUGGUUCCGACAAAGCUUGGAUGUGGCUUGCUAAUGACUUCUCAGAAGGAGAUGCCAAACUGGAGCAACUCGCUGCCAAGUUUAAAACCCCUGAGCUGGCUGAGGAGUUCAAGCUUAAGUUUGAGGAGUGUCAGAGGCUCCUGUUAGACAUCCCACUGCAGACUCCUCACAAGCUUGUUGACACCGGCAGAACUGCACAUCUCAUCCAGAAGGCAGAGGAGAUGAAGUCCGGUCUGAAAGACCUUAAAUCCUUCCUGACUGAUGACAAAACAAAGAUCAAGGAGAACGACAGCCAAGCUAACAUCACAACAGCCAGUAACACCUCAGGUCUGAUCAUCAAGCCCCACGUGGAGAGCACUGGGCCUACCUUAGAAUGGGACAACUAUGACCUGAGAGAGGAGGCUCUGGACGACAGUGCUGACACAUCUGUCUACACCUCACCUCUGGCAAGCAGCCCAAUCAGGAAGAACCUCUUCUGCUUUGGAGAAUCCACAGAGGGCUUCAACUUCAGCUUCCAGCCUGUCAUCAGUCCUACCAAGUCACCGGCCAAGCUGAACCAGAGCGGGGUGUCUGUGGACGAGGAGCAAGACGUGACCCAGGAGGAGGAGAGGGAUGGCCUGUACUUUGAGCCUGUGGUUCCCCUGCCAGACCUGGUGGAGAUCUCUACUGGAGAGGAGAAUGAAAAUGUGUGUUUCAGCCACAGAGCAAAGCUGUACCGCUAUGACAAAGACCUGAACCAGUGGAAGGAGAGGGGCAUCGGAGACCUUAAGAUACUGCAGAACUACGACACCAAACGAGUCAGACUCCUCAUGAGGCGGGACCAAGUCCUGAAGAUCUGCGCCAACCACUGGGUCACGUCUUCUAUGAAGUUGGAGCCCAUGAAGGGUGCUGAGAAGGCCUGGGUCUGGAGUGCCAUUGACUUUGCUGAGGUAGCUGAGGGAAAUGUGGAGCAGUUAGCAGUGCGGUUUAAACUGCAGGAUGUGGCCAACUCUUUCAGAGACAUCUUUGACAGGGCUAAAACCGCCCAAGAGAAUGAGAUUCUGGUCACUCCCAUUGCCUCAUGUGAGACCCUUCCUCAGGAGGUAGCAACAGCUCCAGGGAUGACUGUGUGUGGACAGGCUGCUGUGGCCAUCCUGGAGGAGACCACCAGAGAACGGACAGAGCUGACUUCUGAGACUUUCCACACCCAUGACAGCACUUCCACACCACACAGCCCUCUCAACCCCUCUAAGAUGGUGAUGUCUCCUCCCAAAUUCCUCUUCGGAACCGACUCUCUCCAGAAGAUCUUUGGCAGCAGCCUCCUGUUGUCCAAGGAGGAUGGUUCUUCAGAAAGCACCAAGGCUAAAGACAGCGGUUGGACCUCCCAGCCCUCACCUGCAUUCAAAAUCCCAGAAAAGGGAUUGGAUUUUAGGCUUUUCAAAGAUAACCCAAUGGCUUUUUGGACCAGCACCUCAUCCACCCAAUUUGAGCCCCCAGCACCCCCCCAGGCAAGGGCUGAUGAUGACAGUGAGGUGGAGGUGGUGUACGAGAGGCAGCCGACUGCGGAGCAGGCUGCUUUGGCCAGGGAACUCUUGCUGCCUCUCACCUUCUUCUGCUACCAGAACGAACCAGGAAACACUAGUGACGACCAGACGGACGAUGAGGACUUUGAGACUGCAGUUAAAGCGCUGAAUGGAAAACUGUACCCGGAUCCUCCUGAGAGAAAGGCUGCAAAUUCUGCAGCUCAGGCCGAGAUAGGUGCUGAGGGUCUGUACCCGGAGGUUGAGGUGGUGUUGGAGAAGAAGUCUACUCCAGAUGAGGAGCAGAAAGCCAAGCCGUUGCAGCUGCCUCCAACUUUUUCAGAUGUAGUCGGCAAGGCAGAGAAAGACCAGCCAGAGGACUUCAAGGCAGAGAAAGACCAGCCAGAGGACUUCAAGGCAGAGAAAGACCAGCCAGAGGACUUCAAGGCAGAGAAAGACCAGCCAGAGGACUUCAAGGCAGAGAAAGACCAGCCAGAGGACUUCAAGGCAGAGAAAGACCAGCCAGAGGACUUCAAGGCAGAGGAUGCAGAGAGAAGCGCAUACCCUGUUUCAUCUGAGGCUGUGUCCUCCAGCACCGGCGAUACAGUGCCAGAACAACAGUUCCCAGACCAGUCCCCCAGCAGCCAGGUACAGGUUCCAGAUCUGUCUGAGGCAGAGGUUCAGUCCUCUGCAGCAGAGGCGGAGUUCCCAGCUCAGUCAGUAACCAUCCAGGAGGCAGAGGUCCAGCAGACUCCAGAUCAGUCAGACUCCACUCCAACACUGUCUCAGACUGCAGUCUCCAGCAGCGGGGAGCAGGCUCAAACUUCAAACCCUUCAGCAAAACCUGUUGCUUGUGCCCCAGCUUUGGUGACUGCCUCAUUUGGAUUUGGUGCACAGUUUGUCAAAAAGCCAGGGCAGUGGGAGUGUGACGCAUGUCUUGUUAGAAAUGAGGAGUCUGCAAGCAGUUGUGUUUCUUGUCAAACUCCAAACCCUGCAGCCAGCAGUGGUAAGCAGGCUCCAGAUCAGUCAGACUCUACUCCUGCGGCUACCAGCAGCAGCCCUAUAGACCUGUCUACCAAGAAGACCUCGGAGCCGGACUCCACAUCGACAUUUACGACAACCAUUACUCAGGAUGCUCCAAACUCAUUUGGCUCCUUGGGCUUCAGUGAUCUGAGAGGGGAAGGGAUCUCCUUCGCUGAUCUGGCACAGAACACCGGGGGUGAAUUCGCCUUCGGAAAACAAGAUUCUAACUUCUCGUGGGCGAAUGCUGGGGCUACGUUGUUUGGAGCUGCAGCCUCACCCAAUGCUGAAGGAGGGGAGGAGAGGAGUCAUGAAGAGGACGCUAAUAAUGUGGAAAUUCACUUUGAUCCCAUAGUCACCCUACCAGAGGUGGAGACUAAGUCAGGGGAGGAGGAUGAGGAGAUCUUGUUUAAGGAGCGUACCAAGCUGUACCGCUGGGAGAGAGACCUGGGCCAGUGGAAGGAGAGGGGUGUGGGAGACAUCAAGAUCCUCUUCCACCCCGAUAAGAGGUUCUACCGGGUGCUGAUGAGGAGGGAGCAGGUGCUGAAGGUGUGUGCCAAUCACACCAUCUGCCAGAGCAUGGAGCUCAAACCCAUGAACACCUCUAACCAAGCCCUCGUCUGGACCGCUACCGACUUUGCAGAGGGUGAGGGUAAGGUGGAGCAGUUGGCAGCCAAGUUCAAAACAGCAGAGCUGGCUGAGUGUUUCAGGAAGACCUUCUGUGAGUGUCAGAGCCGUAUGAGCCCAUCAGAGGCCUCGGCCCUCUCCCCCCAGAUGUCCAGGGUCCAGGAACAUUCCAGAGACGCCAACCCCCAGGUGUACCUCUCCAUCUCCGCUGACGACGAGCUGCUGGGAAUGGUCACCAUAGAACUGUUCUCUCACAUUGUCCCCAAGACGGCUGAGAACUUCAGAGCGCUGUGUACAGGACAGAAAGGCUUCGGGCUGCGCAACUCUGUCUUCCACAGGAUCGUACCGGGCUUCAUGUGUCAGGGUGGCGACCUCACCAACCAGGACGGGACAGGAGGGAAGUCCAUCUACGGGAACAAGUUUGAGGACGAGAACUUUGAUGUGCGCCACACGGGUCCGGGGCUGCUGUCCAUGGCCAACCAUGGCAGAGACACCAACAACUCCCAGUUCUUCAUCACAUUGAAGAAGGCUGAGCACCUGGACUUUAAACAUGUGGCCUUUGGCUUCGUCAGAGAGGGCAUGGAUGUGGUCCGCAGAAUGGGAGAGCUGGGCACCAAAACUGGCAAACCCAGCAAGAAGAUUGUCAUCACCGAAUGUGGACAACUGUAGAGCCUGAGCUCUGGUCACUGACUGGACAACUCCACUGUAGGGCUGAAAAUGUAGUCACUGACUGGAUGGCAAUGGGCCUUCACUCUGGUCAUGGACUGGGGAGUUAUAGCAUUUCAAACUGAGCACAAUUAUAGUAGGCAGAUAUCAAAUGAUACCCUAUUCCCCAUAUAGUGCACUCCACUUGGGGCUCAGCUUAAAAAGAGGGCACUGGUAGCCCACUAUGGGGAGAAUAGGCUUUAAUUUAAGACCGGCCCAGUGUCUCCUCCUGAUGAGUGUUGCACUUUCUCCCUGCCGCAUCCUGAGGGCUGCAUGUCCCAGUGUGAAUCCCCAGACUCUUUGUGUGUGUAUAAUGUACAUGGACUACAUUUUGUCCUUUUUUUUGUGCAUGUGUUCCAAUAAGAGUUGACAGCGCUGGUUUCUUCAUAAGCUCCCUAACCCAAUUUGUUUUGUGUAAUUGUCUUAAUUAAGAUUAUCGUGACCUUUUUUUAAAACCAACCAAUGUUUGUUUUGUAUUGUGUUCCUCUUGCUGCCUGUGUAUACUUUUUUAGGUGUGUUUUUUUUUUUGUUGUGUGUAGGGUAAACAUUGAUUUCAUAAUGUGCAAAUUGAGACUCUACACCUGUCUUAAACUAAAAGGGAGGAAUAUGAAGUCUGACAAUUUGGGAGAGGUGACAUACUAAAUAUAUUUUAUGGUCGGGUCACAAUUGGGGUCAAUAAAUAAAUACAAGAUGCUGGAGACUGUCUUUAAAAAUAAAGUUGCUUUAUAACUGAA